AUUUUGACAACUGCUCAUAACACGUCACUAUGAAGAGUAAAAUUGUUUCUAGCUUCAUUUUUAACACCUGAGAACUAUCCAUCCGUGUUAGCUACGAUUUUCUGUCACCUUUGAAGAUGGUUUGCGAAAACUGCGAGAAGAAACUGGGACGGGUCAUCACUCCUGAUACCUGGAAAGAUGGUGCUAGAAACACGACAGAAAGUGGUGGGCGAAAACUUAAUGAAAAUAAAAUGCUGACCUCCAAAAAAGCCAGGUUUGAUCCUUAUGGAAAGACUGGUUUUGCCACCUGCAGAAUAUGCAAAAGCUCUGUUCAUCAGUCUGGUUCACACUAUUGCCAGGGAUGUGCAUACAAGAAAGGAAUUUGUGCCAUGUGUGGGAAAAAGGUUCUUGAUACCAAGAAUUACAAACAGACCUCUGUUUGAUUCUUUCUUUCUUGCUGGAGACAUCUUGUAUUUGGAUUGUUGGUAGAUGAUUGUGUUUGUUUUUAGUGCAGAUAAUUAUAAUUGAUGGUCACAAAAGAGCAGUUUGCAGUGUUUUGUGACCAAGAAAGUGCUGAGAAAAUGGUGCACGUGUUUGUAACUGUUAGUUAUGAGAAGCAUAUGUUAUUGGUAUUCAUCUCUCAUUUAACCUUAGAGCAAUAUUUUGGCAUAUACUGUUUGGACAAAGUAGAAGUAAAUCUGAAAACCUGUUUUCCUUAAAUGUUCUCAUUAGUUUGGAACUUUUUUUCCCCAUCUUCCAUCAGUGAUUAUUUCAAAAGAACACAAUGACAGUGGUUAAACAACUCAGAUACACCCAUCUCUUGGACCCUGAAAUACAGUCAGUUCACUUCAUGGCAGUUUAUAGCCCCUUUUUUAUAACUUACUUGGCCAUUGGACCUAACCAACCAAAAGUCUACACUUUGACAUUUAAAUGUCAUCCCUUCCCCCAAGUCAAGAACAUCUUUUCUAUCAUGUCUUUUUUUUUACGAUUCUUUAAAAUAUUGUUUUCCCUAGACCCUUCAAGUCAGUGUAAUUAUUAGAGCAUCUAAUGUAAAUAUGAAACCAGUAGAUUAUGACACGUCAAUGUAAGAUAGUAACAUGUUUAAUGUACAGUGAUGUUGAUAGCCUGUUUAAAUUUCUAAUUGCCCUCAGCAUUGUCCAUCACACACUUGGGUCUUCUUGUCAACACAGUGGCAUAUGUAUCUCUUUUGUUGUUUACUUUUUAAAUGCUAAUGUGGAGUGAAUCCCAAAUUUGUUUGUUUAAUCCCAGAUUUGUAGUUUGUACUGAAAAUAGUAUUUGUAGUCAUUAACUGCUGUGAGUGCAGUCUGUUUGAUGAUUUGCAAUAUUUGAAAUGCAAGAAGGCACAGCAAUACUUAGACACUGUAAAAUUUAAUAUCUAUUAAAUUAUGGAUUGUCUGGGACACCGAUUACAAUGUGGGACAGUUUUAAAGUCUGUAUAUAUAUAUUUUAUUUUUUUUGCAAAAUAAAAUUGUGAUGACAUCUUG